ACACAGAAGUUUGGAAAUGUCGUCUUGUUGUGUUGCUGGGUGCACGAAUAGAAGAAUCAAAUGCUCAAAAGUGAAGUUUUAUCGCAUACCUGCCGCCACUUUCCGUCAACGUAAACAAAGACAACUAUGGUUAAAUGCGAUAGGGCGAAAGGACUGGACGGAAGUGGUCAUCAAAAAUGCUCGCGUUUGCAGCGAACACUUCAUAUCAGGAGAAAAGAGCGAUGACCCUCGAUCGCCUGACUACGUCCCGUCCAUCUUCAAACCUGCAUCACCCCCGAAGGAGAGAAGAGAAAGAAUGCAGUUAGAUGCAAUCAACAGAAAACAGAAGAAGAAACUCCAAAGAAGACAGCAAGCAGAGAAGUCAUCGGCUUCUACAGUCCUCCUUCCAGCAGAGUGUCCUCCAGACAGCAAGAAGCAGCAUAGUGCAGACCAGAUUCUCACAGGACAAUUGGCCGUGAAGGAAUCUGCCCACAAAGAACAUGAAAAUGAUUUCAAGCCUAUUCCUGAUGAUAAUGAAGAUAAAGCAACUCCAGCAUGUGACAGUGAGAACUGUAAGAAACGCAUUAAAUCUCUUGAGCUGGAAUGCCAUGCUCUAAGGACUGAAAAUAUGCUGCUCAAAGAAAAAAUGGAUAGAAGGGGACUGAAUGAGAUGAAUCUAAAAAACAAUGAUAAAAAGGUUUGGCUCGCUAAACUGCAGGCGGCAAAUGUGUAUCUGCUUCACCCUCCUGUUUCCAAUUCAGCCAAUAUCCCCACCAAUGAGAGCUUGGCGUUUCACAAACAAGCACGGUGA